AUGAGGUUCUUGGCGUUAUUCAGUGUAGUGAUGUGUAGCUUUCACUUAGGUAUGUAUGGAUGCAUUAAAACUGAUGACUGCGAAAGAUACUUUGAUCUUUUUUCAUCCAAACCGUCACAUUUUUACCACUUUUACACCGUUUGUGAUAAAGGUCUUCAGCGUGAGCUGAUCUGAGUUGGUGAUGAUUGUUGUACUGAUUUAAAUGGGCUACUGGGUGCUACAUGGGUUCGUACGGAGGAGGAGAGGGGUGCACUACUUGAUGACAGUUUUCUCAGCAGUUAUGGGCUUAUGGCUCGGGGUCGCUAGGCUACUGCUCCAAGCAUCUGAAUUGUCUAGUUAGACAGAGAACUUUAGUCCAUAUAAGGAAAAAGCCUUAAUUUUAACAAUCGUUUCGUCAGAAAAGCUCAAGAACUUCACACAGGUUGCCCCAAAUACGUGACGUUGAUAACUCGUAACUUUAGCCAAUUUCUUUCUUAAUUUUUUAAAGACAGUUUUAACUAGCCGCGGGAAAUUUAAAGUUAAAUCCGAUUUAGCCCUGUGUAAACAGAAAAACCGUAAAACAAAUGCAUAUCAGUUUGUUUUCUCGUCGUCUUGUUGAUAGUAAAUUAUGUAGUCAUCUCACUUUAAGAAGGAGACUAAGCGUCGGUCUUAGAUAGGUGUGUCCCCGCUCAACAGAGAUCAGAAUCAAAGAAAAUGAGAGAUCACUUCAGAUAAACUGCAGCGCGGACCAAUCAGUCUAGGAGUUUUUCUUCAACGAGAAGUUGCUUUCUUAUAGCUUAUGUCGCACCGUAAUUUUUAGGGAGUUAUUAUAACUCCAAAACUGCAGUAAAAAUUUUAGGUACAGGAUAACCUCUUUUUGGCGGUUACUUUAACUCCUAAUUUAACUCCGAAUUUGGGGUCAUUUUUACUCCUGAAAAAGAGUUCUUUUUUCUCCCAGUCUGGAGUUGAAAUAAUUCCGAAAUGGGGUUAUUUUUACUCCUUACAAGGGUUAUUUUUUACUCUUUCUGGAGUUUAUUUAACUCUGAAAGUGGAGUAAAAAUUUUAGGUACAGGAUAACUCCUUUUUAGGGGUUAUUUUAACUCCUCAAUAUCUGGGGUCACUUUUACUCCUUAAAAAUAAUUCUUUAAACUCCUUUUGGAGUUAAAAAAACUCCACAAAAAAUAACUCCACUGUAAGGAGUUAAAUUAGCCCCACAAGAGGAGUUAUUAUAACUCCUUGAAAAUUACUGUGCGCACGAAAGGCAGAGAUGACUGUAAUUUGCUUUGAUCUUUAUCACAGAGUGUUCCACAAAAGAUCUUCCUAGUGUUUACGUCCGGGUGUCAUGGAAAAUGGUAUGGCGUAGGUUCUGCCACUUUGUUCCGUUCUUUGCCGAAAAACUUUCGGAAAAACUUUAUGACGCAAAGGCAAACGUGGUCAAAGCCAGCAGAAUUCGCUUCAUAAACGCUACGGAACUGUGCAAGGGAAAAGGCAACAAUGCUGAGGCGAUUUUGAAUUUCUUCGUCUCGAAAAGUGAAAAUGACCUUGGUACUGGAGAUGUUGACAGAAAUAUCACGAUUCUUGCUUAUAUUAAAAUGCGUGAUUACUGGAAAAACAAAAAGAUGGCUCUUUUGGAUCCAGUCUUCAUCGGACAGGUAACGUCAAAUUUGCUUGCAAUCACACUUUCAGCAGCCCAUACGGUCUCAUCUUUAGAACUGCCUUAUACGGAAUCGCAAAAAAAAAAAAGAGAAAAGAAAAAAAAACGUCCUAAAGAAGCACUACUCGUCUGCAUUUACACUGACUUUAGUUAUUCCACAUAUCAUUUCGACAGGUAAAAAGUGUUGAGAUCUUGGGAAAAGACAAGCCAGACAUCUCAGAGGAUUUUUCAGAAUCAACAAGAAUAGGAAUUGGCAUAACCGUCGCUCUGAUAGUCAUCCUCUUAAUCGCCGCUAUCGCAUUAUGUCUGGUAAGAAUCCCUCUAAUGGACAAAGUGUAGCAAUGUUCACUUAUUUCAGUUAUCGCAAACAAAUUUCUGCGCGAAGAACUGAAUAUUAUUAGACCAACAACAAUUCGCCUCAUGAAAGGGUAUCCGGGUUCUGCAAUCCGGGAAAUUUUUGCUCAAUUAUGGAAUCCGAAAUCUAACGAAUUUUUGCUCUGGCAUCCGGAAUCCUGGACUUUGAAAUCCUGAGUCCCACUAACGACUAGAAUCCGAAAUCCAAAUUCCAUUGAAAAAUCAUCCUGAAUUCAAAUUCCACGGCGUGGAAUCUAGAAUCUAAGAAACGAUACGUAAAACCGGUGUUUCUUUUCCGAUGUAGCAGAAGACCAGCCUUAAUAAGUUGAAGAAAGGCAUAACGAGCCUUAGAGUUUCUUGAGGCUUCAUUAGUUGGGUAGGCAUAUUUUUAAGGUGAGAGAUUGCUCACUAAUAACUAAAGAUGCGAAGGGAAAUCGGAGCGAGUAGAAAGAAGGUGACAUAAGUAAAUAGGAGAAGUCGUUACGUCACGUUGCCAUAGUAGCAAAGUUUCUUGAUGACACUGUCAAACCGAAAACGGCUCUUAAAAGUGAAUUCGCACUGUUUCAAAGUUCAUCGAUCUUAUUCAAUUUCAUUUAAUGUGUCAAAUAGUGGCGAAAUUUGGGGGGUUGAAUCCGAAAGGACUGUAUCUAAGUUCAGAAAAAGAAAAAGAACAUGUGUUCUGUUCACGUACUCCAUAAAGUGGGCGCGUGAAAUAAGAACGUUUCAUGUCGCUGUCAUUCAGCGACGCCGGGCUAAGAAAUAAAUAAAAUAGCGUGAUGCUCGUGCGAGGUUGUUGUUUUGCCAAAUUAAGCCUAUUGCUUUCUUCGCCGUUCUCAAAGCCGUCGCCGUCGUUGUAGCGCUAUCUCCCUCUUGUUGUGAUUCAAACAUUUUGCUACCAUGGUAACGUAACGUCACUCUUCUCCUCUCUGUAGGGUUGGCAUGAGGCGAAAGAAGGCUCAUUCUUAACCUCGUUCCCAGGUUCUCUUAAGAAGAGACACUCCGGGGAGCGAGGUAGCAUAUUCCUGGCCUCAUGUGACUCGUGCACUCACAUAGCCCCCAUUUAACUAACUUCUGUAGCUAUCAUACAAUUGCAUCAAUCUUACGGCGCAAUAUCGACAAUUUCAGAGGCUUAAACUAAAGAGCUCCAAGAGACCUCUCCAAGAUGCUAAUAGGGCAAUAACCGUCCCACUUCAUGUUAUCCACUCUGAAUCAUCUACCUCACCCCAAAAAACGGAAGCUCCACCGGUUUAUGAAUUCAGAGGACGCACACGGGACGAGAGGGACGGGAGAUCAAGCAAUAGUAGUUAUACUGUCCGUAGUUCCCAUGGUAAUACUGCAGUCGACGAUGAGUACCAGAGACGGGAGAAAAGGUAUAACGGUCAUAGUGUCCGUAACUAUAGCAACACAACAUUCGAAGAAGAGCAUGGAGUAGGCCAAGAAAGCUUCAACGGUUAUCCCGCUGGCAGUAAUGGUAGCGUGGUUCUCGACUACGAAGAUUUUGUAAGUGAAGUCAUCUUAUUAUCAGCUUUAUUAAACCAGGCUACUGCAGGGUCGUUCGCUUCAGGCAUGCAGUUUCAACAACUACGGAUGAUGGUGCUAAGCUGUUUAAGUGUUGUAUUUUACAACUGCUUUGGAAAUGCAACUCGACUUGGAAUAUGCUGCUCCCACCUUUCUUUGGUCAGAGCACUUAUAGUGUUAGUCAUUUGCGUUCAAUACUAAUAUUGUUUUUAAUACAGUCUUUAAUGUAUCAGCUUGUAUGUGAAAGUUUAAGUGGCAUGGGAGUGGUGGCUUAAUUGAGGAAGGAGUCCUUAACAGAUUACUCUAUCUUUUAAGCGGGGCUAAAUUGAAGGCGUGGAUGUGAGGGUGCAUUUGACCUAGUCAUACAGAAGAACUAUUCAACUGAAAAAGGCCAAGUGACGGGUGAGAAGAAAAACUGCCGACCAAUCCCUGUUAAAAAAAAAAAAAAACAGAGACUGGUUGGUCCAUGGACCGGCUGGAGCCAGAGAAAAUUUCACUCAUUGAUUUCCCUUAAGGCCAACGGGACUGCAGAUUGUAUACUCAGUUUACUCUCAAAGGUUCAGUUAUCUUACGCGCUGGUCAUAGAACAUACUGUAAUAUCAGAUGUUUUCUUUAUUUCUUAUUUCCAGGGAUCACCCAUGCUGUAGAGGAGGAUUUUGAUCAGUUAAGUGACGAUGCCCGUGGAUUUUUUAAAAGUCUCACAAAGCCGAAAUGCCGAACAGCCAUACCGGCAUACCUUAACAGAACAGCUGCACUUAUGCAUGGUAUGGAAGCAGACAGCUUCAUGGUAGAAAAAGACGUUACUAAUAUAAAUUAA